CGUUCCGAUAUUUACUGCCAGUACUGAAAAUCUAUAGUUUACGUUACAUACACUGUAAAAUUUCAGUACCACAGAUAAUACAGUACUGGCAGUGAAUACAGUGAAUAUCGGAACGCAGCCAUAGUCAAAGAUUUAAAUUCGAUACUUGCUUAAUAAAUUAAAAAUAAUCGAGAAACUAUGACGAUAUAAUUAUAUAAUAAUUUUUUAAAAUGCGGAAGUUGUUUUUCUAAAGUUUCAAGUCGUUUCCGCGUGACAGUAAAAGAGAAGAGACUCGAAGAAAGCCUGUGUCUAAAAUGUGAUGAAUCCAGAAUGAACUUGUCAUGCUUAAUCAGCACAUAUAAGGAGUGUGUAUUUAAAAAUUAUUAUCUGACCAGUCAAAAUAAUCGGGAGUCGAACUCGAUGUUAGUAGACAGUCUCAUACGAAGCUGAUGGUACUUGUUCCAAGUACGCUCCAUGUAAUAAUAUUCUAAUAAAAUCUUGAAUUACAUAGUUUAGGUUAGCCUGGACUAGAGACUGCAAGAUUCAUUAUUCAUUAAAUUCUCGCAUGACACGCAUCGUGACAAUCAUAUCGCGAAUAACAUGACGAUUCUUUGGAAACUACUGACUAAUCCCGGUGCCCUACGAAAACCAGGAUGCCGCGGGGUUGGCGUGUCGCAGACGACGUAUCUGUUCGGUACGUGCCUGACAGGACAGGCCGUCAGACUUUCGAGGAGAGGCCGCUUGCUCGUCGGACUGAGACAUCACACAACCAACGCGAUCCGGUCUGACGCUGUCCGUGCGACGCGGCCUACGCCUUCAGGACACACAGUUAAGGCGACGAAACGCUCUGAGUUGAAGACCCUCAUCUUACUGGCCACCCCUGAGAAGUGGACUCUGAUGAAGGCCAUCGCUCUGCUGCUCGUGUCGUCCAGUGUAACGAUGGCGGUUCCGUUCUGCUUUGGCAAAGUGAUAGACGUUGUCAAUAACGUGGAAAAGACAGACAUGAAGGAGAACCUUAAUCGUCUAACACUUGCUCUGUUUGUGGUAUUUCUCAUAGGUGGGAUAAGCAACUUUGGCAGAGUUUACAUGAUGUCGACGGCGGGACACAGAAUCACGCAGUCCCUUAGGAAACAGGCGUACGCCGCUAUUCUCCAACAGGAAACAGCGAUGUUUGAUAGGGAGAGUACAGGAGAAUUGGUUGGCCGAUUGAGUGGAGACACACAACUUAUUAGCUCCGCAGUUACAUCUAACAUAUCAGAUGGUUUGCGCUCUGCUAUUAUGGCUAUCACGGGAGUGUCCAUGAUGUUUUAUGUGUCGCCAUCCUUAGCUUUGCUUGGCUUGGCUAUAGUACCACCUGUUGCAGUUAUUGCUGUUAUCUGGGGACGCGUCCUGAAGAGAAUCUCUAAGAAUCUGCAAAGCAGUCUCGCAGUAGUCAAUGCAACCGCAGAGGAGAAAAUUAGCAAUAUAAGAACUGUAAAGGCGUUCGCCCAAGAGAGACGUGAGAUCGAGAGAUACAACGCCAAGUUGCAGGACGUCCUCAAACUGUGCUACAAGGAAAGCUUGUACAGAGGAAUGUUUUUCGGCAUGACUGGUCUCUCUGGGAACGCUAUCGCUCUUUCGGUCCUCUACAAUGGAGUGUUCAUGGUAUCGAAUUCUGAUAUAACGAUCGGAAGCUUGAGCGCUUUUCUCCUAUAUGCUGGUUACGUGGGCAUAUCUUUGAAUGGAUUGUCCAAGGCGUACAGCGAGUUGAACAAGGCCCUGGGCGCAAAUGCACGUCUCUUCGAGUUGAUCGAUCGUCGACCGGUUAUUCCUACUCAAGGUGGGAAAAUCUUAGAGAAGGAAUUGUCAGGCAACGUGACAUUCCAGGAUGUCUUCUUCGCGUAUCCGACGCGAGAGAAGACGCCCGUGCUGAAGGGUUUCAGUUUAGAUAUAGAGAAAUGCUCCGUGACGGCUAUCGUUGGCGCUUCUGGUUCCGGCAAAUCUACCGUGGCGUCGCUUUUGUUGAGACUGUACGACCCCACGAGAGGGUCAAUACUCUUGGACAAUCACGAUCUCCGUUUGCUCGAUCCAAUGUGGGUGAAAUCGCAAAUCAGUGUCGUAUCCCAAGAGCCGAUUCUCUUUAGCGGUUCCAUAAGGGAUAAUAUAUUGUACGGGAUGGAAUCCGCGACGGAUUCCGAUGUAGUGGAGGUCGCAAGACAGGCGCACGUGUUACAAUUCACGGAAAAAAUGACCGACGGAUUGGAUACGAUAGUCGGGGAACGGGGUAUAGCCCUUAGCGGUGGACAACGUCAGAGAGUCGCCAUUGCCAGGGCGUUGAUAAAAAAACCAACAAUUUUAAUACUGGACGAAGCGACUAGUGCCUUAGACGCGGAAAGUGAAUAUUUCGUUCAGGAGGCUUUAGAACGUGCUAUCCGUGGAAGGACGGUAAUAACCAUCGCCCACAGGCUCAGUACAAUAAAGAACGCGGAUAAAAUCGUGGUACUUGACGGGGGACAAGUUGCGGAAACCGGCACUUACAUUGAGCUGACAAAUCUGCAACACGGUCUUUUCAAAAAAUUAGUGAAACAUCAAACGUUCGCAUAGGUGCAUUGCGUUGAUUAUUCGCCGAUUCGUUCUUUUCGGCCUCAUCAAUGUAUUAUAUGUACAUAUACUAUAUACUGUGUAUAUUUAUUAUCUUUCAAAGUACAUCUAGUUAUAAAAAAUUCUAUACGGCAUAUUUUUUGGUAGAAAUUUAACAUCCGACUGGAAUAAAAAAAAUAGAAAAGUGCAAUAUAUCUAGUGCUGUACGUUUAUUGCUGAAUGUUAUAGAAAGAUAUGCAGAAUCGUUUGUGAAAAUAGCCGGCGAGAUAUAAAUUAUUACAUAUUGCUGUGAUGAUACAACACUUUAUAAUUGCUUUAUUUCUCUAUUUCAAUUUCUUUUAAAAUAUUUUUCUGUUAAUAGGAUCAGGUACAUAUACACUACGAAUAAAAGAUAGAAAAAAA